AUGAAGGAAAGCAGUUCAGAGAUUCUGCUACCUAAGAGUACGGGCGAAACCCGUCCGGAGACGAUAGAAGAAACAUGGAAUGCGCGUAACAUAGUCCUCCUUCUUUCAAUGUGCCUGGUUUACUUCGUCCUAUACGCAGCAUACUCAGUUUACGCGCCAUUCUUACCGAGUGAGGUAAGUACAAUCAUGUCGCCCUAUAUUUAACGGAAGUUUUAUGGUAAUUGCAACAGAACCUUCCCCUUAAAAGCCUUCCUUAAGGACUGAAUUUUCAUUGGUUGAAAUCGAAAUCAUGCCGCGCCACAUGUAUAAUCCCCGCACCUUCAGUUCAUUUUGCGACUGAAUCUGAUGUAUUCAUUACUUACAUCUCAUCUUAACUUGUUAAUUUUUAGGCAGAAGAUAGAGGCAUAACCAAAAUUUAUGUUGGAUUGAUAUUUGGAUCCUACGCCUUUGCAAUUUUCCUAACCUCACCACCAUGGGGAGUUCUUGUAAGUACAUGUACUGCGUAAUAAAUUCUUUUUUAUUUUAAGAAGGUGCAAGGUAUAACUCAUUUUACCUAACGUCACUCGUUCACCAAAAUGCUCAAACAUCAAGUGAAUUCAGAAGAAUCUAACCAAUCCAUCAAGUAACAUGAAAUCCAUUUUUUAUUUCAGGUGCCCAAAUAUGGUGCAUGCAAUAUACUUUUAACAGGUAUUUUUAUCGCUGGAACAUCUUUGAUGUUAAUGGGGUGAGUAGAAAACUCCGUACUUUAGUGUCAGUUAGUUAAUGUGAUUCCUUGAUGUUCUAUUGCGCAUGCUGUACUGCGCAUAACAUCACCACAGCCGCCACCAACAGAGUAUAAUGGGGGAACUGUAGAAUAUUGACUGCCAAUUAACUGUUGACAUGAGGAGGGGGGAGGUCAUAGGAAUAUUACAGAGCCAACCCCAACCCCCUCCCUCCCGGAUUUCCUUAGGCGAUAAAUCAUGACCGAUCCCUAAUGAUAACUUCAAUAUCGAGAGAGGUUUGAGAACUUUAUUUCUGGUGAAUUCUCUUAUGAGGAUAUAAUGUGUUUAAAUGUGUUUUGUUUUCUAGAUUUGGGGAAGUGAUUUUUGAUCCAACAAUGUUUAUAGUCUUUUGUUUUGUGUUACGAAUAACAUCAGCAAUUGGGGCAGCGGCAGCUGAAACUGCUGUACUCACUUUCAUGCUGCAGAGGUUUCCAAAUAAUGCCGGAGCAAUUGCUGUAUGUUUGCAUUUAGAUUUUAAUAAUUCAUGAGCUGUUAUUCUAAGGCUCCGUUCAAACUAUGCUAGAUAAAUAUGAAAACGACGUUUUCACUAUGGCAACGCAACAAACUUAUAUCCGUCCAAACGGAUGAAACGUUUUCUGUCCGCAAUAUGCCGGAUAAAUUUGUAUACGCGACAACCAACGGCUGCAACCACUUUUGCAAGCAUGAUAACAGUGCUCAUUCUGCCAAAAUAUAAAAGCAGUGACUUUGUUAUGUUUGGAAAGCUCGAUUUAAAUCCGGAUUAUUGUGGACGACGACCUAACCGUGUGUGAAUGCCCGUGUUUUCAAAUUUCUCUGCAGCGCUUUAUUUUGGACUAUUAAUCACUGACACUUCUUAGAACAACUACACCUUUCUGAUUGCUGCUUAUUUCGUUCAGGUUUUUUUCAUUGCGAUAUCCAAAUACAGUCACAGCCCGACUUGUCGCACGGUUCACUUCAAAGAGUAUAAUAAAGUUGCUAGGGACAUGUACCGACGCACAUCUGUGCAUAGUGACUAGUCGAAUCUUUAAAAAAAAAAAAAUCAAAAAGCGUUAGUAAAGUAAGAGAUUUUCAGAACUGGAGACUAUAUUCUGUUCCAUUCAGACGGUAUGACUGUUGCUAUUUUAGUUCUACCAGAAAGACAACCCUUUAAUCAUUCAUUUAUUUUACUUUUUCUUGGAAUGAUAUAAAGAGUGAUUUUUCCCUUGUAAAUUCCAUAAUGUGUUUAGGCAGGAAUGCAGCUAUCUUCUCUUGGUGGAAAUUCCUUUGCUCCAGUUUUCGGAGGGUUUCUCUACACAGUAAGUACGAACCUGGUAAACAGCGAUUUCAAUUUAAGAUUUAGAACAAUGGGAAGAGAUUAUCUAAAUUAUCUUAGAUCAUCAUUGUAUUUAUUUAUUUAAUUUAUUUGCAAUACAACUUCUGCACAAAGGUUGAGCGUCAAUAUUCAGAGUUGAUCCUAUAAAUUAACUAGCAGUGCUUCUGAUACCCGUUAUUUUUAUAAACAUUUCCUGUUCACAGAGUAACCACCAUCAGGGUUACGGACAUCUAAAGCUGCAUGCAAUUACACGCGUAAGCAGUUUGGCGAUUGUAAUCACUCGUGCCGAAAAAAAGUAAGGAAGAAGGGGGGGGGCCUUACUCGAGAGGGGCGUUUACCUUGAGGGAGGUGCGUAUUUGAACGUGGCUUAAUCGAAAAAAAUUAAAAGUGAAAAUGCACUGAGAAUAAUGGAAAAUGCGCUGAGACCACUUGGAAAGUGUCUACACAUCAUAGUGCGUUCUUUUGGGAGAUUUUUUGCUUGCGAGGAAUGCUCUAUCAUUCUUUUGCACAAGGUAAAACUGACCUUGUUUCGACACGUGGUCUUCGGUCGUGUCAAAAGUUUUCUUGUAUUGGUAAUAUCUCUCAUUCGAUCGCUUCGUUCAUUCCUGAUAGACAUCAUCAACGCUCAAAGAUAAAAUUCGUUUGCACGUAUGGUCAUGUAAUAUCCAGUAUAUAUACGUAAAUACCCUUUGAUUUCAAAAUAUAUAGGCUCAAGUUUAGGAAUGUUGCACCUCAAUAACAAAAUCCUUUUUUCAUACCAGGAUAUACAUAUUUUUGUUUCAGGUAGGAGGCUUCAAACUUCCUUUCAUCAUUAUGGGUAUAAUUCUGUUAUGUAGCAUUGGAGUUUUAGCUUUUCUGCUAUCACACGAAACAGGUUGGUGAGGUAAUUCAUGUAAACUAUCCGUUAGACUUAGUACUUUUCUUUUUGAUAUAUUUAUCCACUUGAAACAUUUCCUUUCUUUUAACUGAUUAGAGAGUCAGAAAGAUGGUGAAUCAAAAGAAAGCAUAUCCAUUUGUAAAUCUAUGAGACCAUUAAAGAUUCCCGCUGUUUUUAUGAUGGGUAAGUUUCACAUGCAUCCUGGGUAAGCCAUUAACUAUAAAUAACACAGCACGCGAGAAAGCUGUCAGUGGGCACGAGAAAUUCGAGCCAGUCUUUUUGCAGCUCGUGCCGUUAAACCGGCAAAAAAAUUGCAAGCUAUGUUUCCAAUUCACUUCACGACGCUAUUCUGUUUAUGAAAAAAAAAAUCAAGAUUGAACAUCUAGGAUAAGUAUCACGCAAAUUUAGCUGCAUACGAUUUUUUUCCCAAACGAAAUUUAUCACUAUGGCUCCCAUACAUAGCUCUUUACCCAUCAUUUUGUGAACUUAAUUCCCCGAAAAAAACUAGUGGCGCCCUUUGUUUGCGGCCUUAAUUCUUUCCAAAGCGAAAACUUAUUGGAAAGUCAACAUUUCUUUUUCUUGUACCCAGAGUUUACCUCUGUUAUCGGUUGCUUGUGUUAUGGUUUCAUACAACCAAUCUUGGCGCCUCAGUUAAGGAAGGUAAGUUGGUUUUGUAUAUCUAACCUCGAUAUUGGUGAUAAGUUACGAUAUUUAGUAAUAUCGAAAUCGAAAUCUUGCUCAGCAAAUUUAUUUUGGCGCAUAAACUACGUGUACAACUUUGUUCAUAAGUCUUUAUCUGUUUCCUUAUAGCUGGGUCAAAAUAGCGUACAGAUUGGUCUUGUUUUCUUCUUAUUUGCCGGUUUUAACGCCCUCUCAGCGUUAGCAUUGGGCUUUAUAGCAGACAAAACGGUAAGUGAGACUUUCUACUCAUCUAUUACAACCUCGCCUCCCCGGCCUUUUCCGGCAAAAUUGCGUCGGCUCUGCGUGAAUAUCACGCCGACUUUAAAAUUAUCGUGCGACGGAGAAUGCUAAGCCAGGACUGUUUGUAAUCCUUUUUCUUACCUUGGGACACUCUAGUUUCUCUUCAGUUCUGUCGAGUUUAAGGUGUUUUAGCAGUGGCAGACAACGAGCUCCUAGUUUUAUACAUUUAUUUUUAUGGUCACGAAAGAUUAUGGGUCGGGAUCUGCUAAACUCGACUCUUGCUCUACUCUUUCUUGUACUAAUCUUAACAGAAAACAAUCUUGUCUCUUAUUUCUUCAAAUCAGUAUUCCAUGUUUUAAUGAGAACGCAGCAGUCAAAACAAAGUCUUUUAAAGGCUUGGUGACCACGCGGAAGCUCUUUGUUCAUCCCUGUUACGCUGUACUUCUCUUAUUCGAAAUAUCAGACGACCUUUUUUAUCCGCCACCUCAUGGUAACCGAAUGUCGGUAUCAGUUUAGAUAUAAUUUAGCUCAAAUGUUCACAGGAAGUUUUGAUAACCACGUAUGAAAGUCCUCCUACUUAGUCUCGUCGUGAUAGCGGCGAUCUCGCAAGUAACAAAGUAAGGUUACGAAAAAUAAUCGGCCAAAACAGCAAAUAUAGCGACGAAGUAAUACUAACUUGCAGAUGGAUUUUCUCAAACUGAGACUUUCCAAAAAAACCCUGCCGCUUGCAGAAGUGAUGAUAGUACGCAUCACUUGCUAGAAAGAAUUAGUUUUAAAAUUUGAUCUGCUUGAGCGAGAGAGCUUUAAUCGUGUGUCCUACUCACCAGGUCAAUUGAACCAAGAGCUUUUAUUGUCGCGUCCUUGUUUGUCGUCGAGUCGAGUUUGAAUGUCUGAUGCCGAGUGACCACAGUUACCGUAUUCCUGCAAAUGAGCGCCACGCUCUAAUAUACACCCUUCUUCGAAAAAGCACCCACCCUCUUGGUCAUAAUGACAAACAGGCGCCCUUCUCGAAUAAGCUCUUGCCUUUGUCUCGUACCAAUAUCUACUUCGGCCAAGUGGUUGGAUGUGGGCACCAGAAUACAACUGCCCCCCUCCUCCCGUACUUUCUUAAAUAGUAGGGAUACAAGGAAACUUGUUUUCAUUGCCUCUUUAUUUACAAAUUUUUAAGCAUCAACUACGGUGGAAUCAGUUCAGAAGAAUACUUUCUUUUCCAUUUCAUUUAUUUUCUUGCAGAGUUCCUUUGUUUGCGUUAUCUGUUCUUUUAAGUUUUUGUCUUUUUUCUGCGAUUACUUAUUAAGCACCCCCCUCCCCCCUUCGAUUGAGAGCCCUCCUCCCAACAAGCGCCCCUCCUUUUAUUCCAAAUUUUAAACAAGCGUCCUGACGUUCUAUCGAGGAAAUAAGGUAAAUCUACACUGCUUUACUGAGAGAUUUCUUUGUAAAACGCCAUGAUAGAAAAUGUGUUUCCCACUUAUAUUAAAAGCCUUCAACAAAUUUUCUCGUCAGAAAUGUUACCGAUUGCUGCUCCUGUUUGGUAUGGCCACUUUCAGUAUUGGAUACCUGUUGUUAGGACCUGCUCCAUUUCUACCAUUUCUUCCCGCUGAGUAUGUACCUACAGUCACGUGCAUGUAUUUACUUGCAGUUGCAAAUGUGUACCCGUUAGCUGGAUUUGGCGAGCUUGCAAAAAGUAUAUUUAUUAUUGAGGCUAACAAUUGUUCAUGUUUAUAGUUGUCGGCAAGUAAACUUUACGUGAAUUACUUGUAUGAUUAGGAAGGAAAAGUUGUGUUUGGAGCGUAACAAAACACACAACAGCAGCUUAUAGGCGGGUUGCAUAUAGCAACCAUAUCUGUUUUCUGAAUCAAAGUUGGCACCCCCCUCCUCCCAUCGAAAUCUCUGGAAGUGCUCCUGAUCUACAAACAUAUAUAUAUAUUUAUAUUUUUUUUCAGCCAUCUUGGAGGCUCAAAACAGCUGAUCUUUAAAACAGACCAUUGAAUAUACGAUUGAAAUUGCAACGGACCGAUCGUCAUCAUUAGUAAUAUUGGAAUCUAAACUUGAGACACCUUGUUCACUAUAUUGUGAUGAUGAACAUUAACAAGGGUCCCGUGGGUGGCAGUGUUAUACAGGUUUACCUCGUACUGCAGUUAUCUAUUUUUUGUUGGAUUAAUCACAAAUUCUAAACUGAGUGUUAUCAUUGCAGUGAGUUAUGGCUAAUACGUUUUGCCAUGGCGUUUACUGGAUUCUUUACUGCAUUUUUCUUUGUGCCGUUAUUGCCUGAAAUCUUGAAAGUUGCAAGGUAAGUGGCUAACUGCCAUGUUUGUUGCAACAUCAUGAGCACCACAAACAUAGUGGAAGCAAGUGAGCUUCAUAUUACCAUGAGGCAGGAUCAUCAGCUCAAGGACUCAGCAAAAUAUUUGUCAUGCACAACCUGAGAACACGUAAUCCAGCAGCCCGCCAAUACUCUUAGUCACGCCAUUAAUACUUCAUAGAUUAAGUUUUUUUUUAGUGGCAAUUUUUCUACUUGCAAACGAUGCAAAACGCUUAUGAUUUUAAAUAAAGACUUAAAAAUGGCCUAAUGUUUCUGCUGGGUAAGGGAAAAAUACAGCACAUGGACAUGCCACGUAAAAGCCGAGAGAGAACAGAGGCGCCUCGCUUCUGUAAGUGUGCAGAUUUAGCCUGGAUUUAAACGAAAUGUGUAAUCUAAACAAACUUGAUAAAUGUAUUUGAUCACAUUGUGAGCAAUUUAAACACAAAGCUAUGAGGCACCUGGGAAUUUUUAGGCACUCUUUGUGCCAUAGCUGCUGACUGCAAAUACCCCCCUUCUUCUCUUCCUGCGAAAUGUUUUUGCUGAGGGUCUCCUCAGCCUCCGCAGGACGCCCCUGUCUUUAUUGGCGGUCGAUAUCUCUUGUAAUCUGAGUACAAAGCUCUUCAUUUUUGCAUUUCAAGAUAUACUGAGAUUAAGUAUUGGAAACCCCCCUCCUACCGAAUCAAAUCAAAUAGUCAUUUUUUGACAGUAUCCAACAAAGAGUUGCACUAAACAUACACAUGCGAAAUUUUCUCAGAUAUUCUGUUUCAUAUUUAUUUGUUAUUUUACAGUGAAAAUGGAAUGCCCGAAAAUGAGGAAACAAAGGCAAUGCUUUCCAGCCUUUACAACACCAUGGCUUAUUUGGGGUAAAUAUUCUGUCUUCAUCUUUGAUGUAUUACAUUAAUAUCUUUGUUAAGGUAUGGCGCAGAAACAUAUCAAGCUUUAUUCCGAACAAACUACAAGCUAUCUGCCGGUGAGGAACUCCUUUUCCCGUCACUGCUGCUGUUAUUGCUACCGCUGCUGCUGCUAUUAUUCUUACUCAUACUUCUGCCACUGCUACUGUUAUUGCUACACCUACUUCUGUUACUGCUUCUGCAACUGCUAUUGCUACUAGUAUUACUACUGUUAUACCGCUACUGCUUCUGCUCUGCUACUACUACUGCCACUGCUACUAUUACUGCUAUUGCUUCUGCUAUUACGACUACUACUGCUCCUGCUACUAGUACAGCUACUGCUACUGCUACUGCUACUGCUACUGCUACUGCUACUGCUACUGCUACUGCUACUGCUACUGCUUCUGUUACUGCUACUGCUACUGCUACUGCUACUGCUACUGCUACUACUACUGCUUCUGUUACUGCUACUGCUACUGCUACUGCUACGGUUCAUAGUACUGCUACUAUUACUGCUACUGCUUCUGCUUCUGCCUCUGCUUCU